UUAAAUCGCAAAAUUAAUAUCAAGAAAGUAAAAACAUUAGUUAAUAUUGUCAAUGUUCAAAAAUGUCAAAGUCAGUUUUGUAGAAAGUCAGUGUUGCACAUGUCGAAGAUCAUUUCCCCAAAAAGCCUCUACUGAAAAAACAUUACGUAACGUUUAAAAUAAAUGUAAGUAAACUGAUUAGUAAUAAUUGUAACGCGCUUAUCAACCGCUAACGAGUUUGUCACAUAAAAGUGGUGAAAACCUGCAAAACUAUCCGACGUUUUAACGAUACAAUGUGACCGCAAUUUCGUCUAGCUAUUUUGGGUUCGAAAAUAAAAAAAUAAGACGCAGUAAAACGGCUAGAUUACGCGUUUUAAGUUGCUGUUUGCAUGUUAGAUGUUUAUUAUUGAGUGAAGACCUUUCUCGCACAACAACACAAUGGCAGCUUAUUUAAAUCGCACUGUUUCAAUGAUGUCCGGGGAUGGUCCUCACAAUCGUCCGAUUAUAGUCGGAGGCUCCAGUGAUCUUCGUCAUCCGGUGAUUAGAAACGGCGCUGACAACUCUCCUUUGCAGAUAUUCGUUCGGGCGAAAAAGAAAAUUAACGAUAUUUUCGUUGAAAUUGAAGAUUAUGUUAAAGAUACCGUUAAUUAUAUGCACGAAUUGGAGAAGCAACAACAAAUUAUUGAUGGAAAUUCGGUUAAGAAAUCAGAAGAAUUUGUUAAUAAAGUUCAUGGUAUUCGAGAUGUUUUGGCUCGCGAUCACAUGAAAGUAGCUUUUUUCGGGAGGACAUCGAAUGGAAAAAGCACGGUUAUUAAUGCAAUGUUACGCGAUAAGAUCUUACCAAGCGGAAUAGGGCACACUACAAAUUGUUUUUUACAAGUCGAGGGAUCUCCUAAUGAUGAGGCUUAUUUAGUUUUGGAAGGAAGCGAUGAAAAAUGUUCUGUAGAAUCCGUUGGGCAACUCGCCCAUGCUUUAUGUAAAGAGAAAUUGAGUGAAUCACAAUUAGUCCGGGUGUUUUGGCCAAGAAAUCGUUGCUUUCUUUUACGCGACGAUGUUGUUUUUGUUGAUUCCCCCGGUGUUGAUGUUACCCCAAACUUAGACGAAUGGAUCGAUAAGCAUUGUUUAGAUGCCGAUGUGUUUGUGCUGGUUGCGAAUGCUGAAUCUACACUGAUGGUUACG